AGUGACACCGAAGAUUCUGACCUGCGGCAGCAAUGCAAACACAACCAUGAUGAGCUCUGUGACCAAUGUGAAAGCUUGCAUUCGACCCUGAACGACAUAUCUACUGCGGUCGAUGAAGCAUCUUUUACCACAGAAGAAGACAAAGACGAAGCUUUGUUUCUCGUUAGCUCUGCUACGCUUGCCAUCAAGUCAUGGAAGUGCCAUUUGCUGAGGUCGACCCAUCAAGAUCAGGCUCGUUUGGACGUCAUCGAUGCCCUUAAUUCUGGAACAGUAUUCAUUGUAAAUGACUGGGCCAUGAAGUUCUUGCCUCAGAGAUACCGCGAGUCACAGACAGACUGGUUUGGUAAGCGGGGUAUUUCUUGGCACAUAUCUGUGGUAUACAGACGAAUGGAGGGUGUGCUACAGUGGCAAGCCUUUAUCCAUGUGAUUCAGUCCUGUACCCAAGGAAGUUCUGCUGUUACCGCGAUUAUGCAACAUGUUCUAGCCACAUUGAAGCAAGAGUAUCCUGAAAUCAACAAGGCCUACUUCAGGCAAGAUAACGCCAGCUGCUACCACUCCUCCCGCACGUUAACGAAGUGCCAAGAAAUUUCAACGAACACCGGGUGAAGAUAGUCCGCGUUGAUUUCAGCGACCCGCAAGGCGGGAAAGGGGCUGCAGAUAGACUAGCUGCGAGCUGUAAAAGCCACAUUAGAGCAUUUAUUAAUGAAGGCCAUGAUGUCUGCACCGCCAGCGACCUGAAGGAAGCUCUGCUAUCCCAUGGCGGUUUGGAAGGUGUACGAGUGGUUUCUCUGGAUACCAUCGAAGAAACGCCAGACGAUGUGCAAACCAUAACAGGAAUCACCAAGUUGAACAACUUUGAGUUUAGUUCAGUGGGCUCUAUUUCCUGUUGGCGUGCAUAUUCCGUCGGCCAAGGGAAAGUGAUCAAAAUUGAAAAAUCCUCUUCUGGUGAGUUAAUGGUUCUUGAAUGAGCCCAGGCCUUUCUGCUAGUUUAUGAUAGUCUGUUCUGUAAGGUUUCUAUUAAUAAGGGAAAAAUUUUAUCCGCAAUGCAUCAUAAAAGACUGUGAGAGAUUAUUCAGCGUUAAUUGAUUUCCGGUUGAUUUUUUGCGAUAAGUGACAGAUGAUUGAACAAUAGGAUCAUAUUAUAUAUUUAAAAUGAGAGAGACCAGAGCGAAGGACAGAGAACGGUGAGAGAGAGCGGGAGAUUAAGUUGAUUUUAUAAAAUAAAACGUGAAGUUUCGGAACAUAGCAGAUUCUUUAGUCUCAUUUCCGACACAGUGGCACCUCCGACGGGACGCGCGAAGCAUGGAGGAACUAACCAAAGAAGCAGAGGCUAAAUUGCAGAUGUUGCUGUACACUAAUGGAAAAACACGUGGCGUUGUGGAAAAGGGAAACCUAGGAGCGGUCGCGCGACAUCGCGACAACCUACAAGCAUUAGUAAAAGAAGUAGACGCGCUUAAACUAAAGGUUGAACAGACCAUGUUCAAGGCCGGGAAAAGUGCAGAAGACGUUGGAAGUUGGAGCAGUAGCAUUGAAGAACCGAUCGCCGAAGCUGACGAAGAAGUUUCGCGACUAGAAAAAUGGCUCGUGGAGACGAAUGGAGAGAUCGAACAUCGAAAGCACAAGGACGAAGAGGAAAGGAAAGCCCGUGCUCGUGAAGAGGAGCUUAAAUUCGAAAGAGAGCAAAUGGAGAUGAAGCUAGAAUUCGAACGUCAUCUGGAAGAGACCAAGGCAAAACAGCAACCUGUUGAGAAGGCCAAUCAGAUUGAACAAAGGACAACAAAGCUACCGAAACUACAGAUCACAAAGUUUAAUGGGACGUAUGAAGCAUGGCUGCCGUUCUGGAACAAAUUUCAAGCUGAAAUUGAUAAAGCAAACCUUGCAUCUGUGACCAAGUUUGCAUACCUAAAAGAGCUGGUAGAUCCAAAGGUUCGAGCGGAGAUAGACGGACUGCCUUUCACAACAGAGGGCUACGAAAGAGCAAAGAAUAUCCUCAUCGGCGAAUAUGGGAAAACGAGCGAGAUCGUGAAUGCGUACGUCCAGAACAUCGCGAAUUUGUCUGUCAUUACAGGAACACAACCUGCGCCUGUCCACGAAUUUUACAAGAAGCUCGUGUACAAUGUGCAAUCUUUGGAGACACUGGGCAAAUUGAAAGACGUCACUGGAAAUGUAAGGAGUGUGCUCGACAAAGUAAAGGGUGUAAAAGCAGACCUAGUGAGAGGACAAGUGGACUGGCAGGACUGGGACUUCCCACAGUUGAUAAAAGCUUUGAAAAGUUGGAAGGAAAUCAACCCCAUUGGGAGCGGCGCGGAUAAUGCGGGGAAGCAAGGUGCUAAAUUCCGCGAUCGCGAGAAAACAUUUCACGCAAACGAAACUACGCCAACACAAAGAGGGUGCGUCUACUGUGACGCAACUGACCACAGAGCUGUGAAUUGCGACAAGUUUGUGACAGUUGGAGACCGCAGGAAACAAUUAGGACUGAAACAGCUUUGUUUUAACUGCACCGGAAGUCGACACCGUGCUUCUGAGUGCAAAUGCCGUUCUGGCUGCCAGAUCUGCAGUCGAAGACAUCAUACGUCGAUCUGUGACAAACGUACAUCGCGAGACCAGCUGAUGACCACAACGAGCGCAGAAAGGAAAGGAGUGGUGUAUCCUAUGGUAACAGUUGACGUGAACGGUGUUAAAUGCCGAGCAUUGUUGGAUACAGGAGCCGGAAGUUCCUACGCUUCAUCAACGCUUCUGAACUGUUUACAUUUGCGCCCUAUCCGUCAACAAUUCAAGCGCAUUGAAAUGAUGUUUGGUACUUCAAACAAAGCGAUAGACAUCUAUGGCCUACAAAUUCGAAGCGUUGAUGGUAAAUUCACCUUAGAAGCCGAAGUAAACAAAGUCGACCGCAAUGAGUUGUUGACAUUGGAAAACCCAAAAUGCGCAGAAAUCGUAGCUCAGUUUUCUCACUUGAAGGGCGUAACCACAAAUGAUAACGACGAGAAAGCGAUGUUGCCUGUUCAUCUGAUCCUUGGAACAAACGAGUACGCUAAGAUCAAAACAGGGGCAAGACCAAGAGUUGGGCGCUCGGGAGAACCAGUAGCAGAAUACACGAAGUUCGGCUGGACGAUCUUGUCACCUGGAACAGAGCUGGAUCUCAGCAACAUGUUGUUAACGCAGACCUCCGCAAUUGAUUACGAAGAAUUGUGCAAGUUAGACGUCUUGGGGUUGAAGGACAAUCCAAGUGGAGACCAGGAAACCGUUUACGAAGAAUUCAAAGAGCAACUAACUAGGAGUUCAGAAGGCUGGUACGAGACGAACUUGCCCUGGAAAGGAAAUCACCCCCCCCCCCUACCGAACAAUCACACUGGAAGUUUAAAACGUCUCAAAAAUCUCGUGCGGAAGUUAGAGAUACAAGGCGAGCUGGAGAGGUACAACGACAUUAUCCAGACUCAACUGAGUCAAGGGAUCGUAGAACACGCUGACGAGGUGGUCAAAGACGGAAAAGAGUUCUACAUUCCUCAUAAAGCGGUCGUGCGCGAGAAUGCAGAAUCUACAAAGAUACGCAUUGUUUAUGAUGCUUCUGCAAGAGCUAAUGCAAGUGUCCCCUCACUCAACGAGUGCCUCGAAAUCGGCCCUCCACUACAGAACCAGCUUUGGAACGUGCUGGUACGAAAUAGGUUCUAUCCCGUGGCAAUAGCUGGCGACUUAAAACAAGCAUUUUUGCAAAUUCGCGUCCGAAGAGAAGACCGAGAUGCCUUACGCUUUCAUUGGAUAAAGGAUCUGGCAAGCAAACAAGUAGAUACCUUGCGAUUCACUCGAGUACUUUUUGGUUUGGCACCGUCUCCAUUCCUCUUGGCCGCAGUUAUCAAAGAACAUCUACAGCGAUACAAAAUGGUGAACCCGGAAUUAGUAGAGGAGAUAGAGCGCAGUAUGUACGUGGAUGAUUUAAUCAGUGGUGGGGAGACAACAGAACAAGCGUUAGAAAUCAAGAUGACAGCCACGACCAUCUUUGGUGAGGCGACUUUCAAGCUGCACAAGUGGCAUUCCAACGAUCGGGAACUGGAAGUUGAAACUGCGACUGUAGAUGAAGAAAGUCAGAGUUACGCCAAACAACAACUGGGAACCAGAAAGGGCGAAUCAAAUCUGCUAGGAGUCCCCUGGGACAAAGAAAAGGACGAAAUUCAAGUCAGCUUCCCGAUUUCAACCGCUGAGCCGACAAAAAGAGGUAUCCUUGGAAAAGUCGCAAAAAUCUACGAUCCACUCGGUCUGGCUUCACCCGUGACCCUCUCCGGAAAAAUGCUCUACAGAGACGCCUGCGACACGAAGAUCGCGUGGGAUAGGCCCUUACCAAGUGACUUACAAGCCAAAUGGAAGAAAUGGGAGCAAGGACUUCCAGAGCACGUGAACGCGCCAAGAAAUGUCGUCAAGCAUUUAGGGAAGAUAUUAUCAAUCGACUUACACACAUUCGGGGACGCAAGCGGGAAAGGAGUUGCAGCCGCGGUUUAUGCAGUGGUGGAGCAACCAUCAGGCACGAAUCGAGGCCUCGUGACGGCAAAGUCGCGGCUCGCGAAGAAAGGACUCACGAUUCCCCGAUUAGAACUAGUGGCUGGACAUAUGGCUGCGAACCUAGUACAAAAUGUGAAAGAAGUCCUGAAGGGUUUUCCCGUAAGAAGUGUCUAUGGUUGGCUGGAUAGCACAGUCGCACUGCAUUGGAUCCGUGGUAAUGGCGAAUACAAACAGUUCGUGGGAAAUCGAGUGAGGAAGAUCCAGGAAAAAGAAAUAAACUGGAGGCAUGUACCAACAGAGGAGAAUCCAGCGGACGUGGGGAGUCGGGGAGGAGAUGUUAGUAGAUUGACAGCUCUUUGGUGGCAGGGACCAAGCUGGUUAGCAAAACCACAGGACUGGCCGCCAGACCUUGUAACGACAUCUACUCAAGAAUCAAAAGCGGAAGAAGCGAAACAAACUCGCGAGUUGUUUGCUCUAGCAGUAGAGAAAACAGAGAACAACGACGCCUUCGAUGCGCUGCUGGAGAAGUACGAGCUGUGGCGUGUGUUGCGAGUGGGUGCUUGGAUCUGGAGAUUCCUCCACAACAUAAGAACCGUCCAUAAACAGAGAAUCCUUGGUCCCCUUACCACUGAAGAAAUACAGAAACAGACAACGUUCUGGAUCAAGCGGUCUCAACAACAAGCAAAGUCGAGCCAGAAAUUUGAAGAAGACCGUUUACAGUUGAAUGUGCAAGGAAACCAAGAGGGAAUAUUAGAGUGUAGGGGAAGAAUUCAAGGCCAUUACCCCAUCUUUCUGCCAGACUCCUCGCCCUUCACUCGCAAGUUAGUUCACCGAUCACAUGUCGACACACUGCACGGAGGAGUGGCCCUUACCAUGACCAAAGUGCGAGAGCUAUACUGGGUACCGCGUUUAAGGGCACUCGUAAAACAAGUUCUCAGAGCGUGUUCAGGCUGCAAGCGUUUUCAGGCCAUGGCGCUGGCAACGCCGCCUCCCGGACUUCUACCCACUGACCGCACAGAGGGGAGCACCCCAUUUGAGGUUAUCGGAGUCGAUUUUGCAGGGCCCAUCAAGUACCGUAUCAGAGCCAAAACAGAAGGAAAGGCCUAUCUUGCAUUGUACGCGUGCAGUCUUACCCGAGGAUUAUUCCUGGAAGUACUACCAAACCUGGCAACCAGUGAAUUCCUAAGAAGUCUAAAACGGCUCAUUGCGCGCCGUGGGCGUCCGAAGAAGAUAUAUUCCGACAAUGGCAAAACCUUUGUUGGCGCCGAGAAGUGGCUCAAACAAGUUAUGCGUGACGAGAAGACACAAGAUUACUUAGCACAUGAGAACAUCAAGUGGCAAUUCAACCUCAGCCGUGCCGCUUGGUGGGGAGGACAGUUCGAGCGCCUCAUCGCACUGGUAAAACAGCUUUAAACAAGACUAUCGGAUGCGGAAUGUUGACCUGGACAGAGCUGUGUGAAGUGGUACUGGAUGUGGAGAUUGCUUUGAAUAAUCGCCCUUUAUGUUACGUCGAAGACGACAUACAGUUACCCGUGCUUACCCCUAACUCACUGCUAUUUCUUCGAUCAAACCAGCUACCAGAACUGGAACCACACCAUCUAAGAGAAUUUGAUCUGCGUAGAAGAGCUAAAUAUUUGCGAAGGUGCAAGCAGGCUUUGUGGACCAGGUGGACUACCGAAUAUUUACGAGGGUUGAGAGAACGACACCGGAUGAAACACAAAGGGUCAAACCACGCCCUUGGCCAAAGGAGAGGUAGUCAUCAUCAAGGACGAGGAACGAAAUCGCAAUAAAUGGAAAAUUGGAAUCGUGGAAGAUCUGAUUUCGGGACGAGACGGAAUAGUUCGAGCUGCCAAACUUCGAGCGGGGAAAGGAACACUUGAACGGGCGGUACAACACCUUUACCCACUGGAGCUGUCCUGCGAUCGGGAGAAUGUACAGGCUCCUCUACAGCUCAACCCCUUAGCCCCGACAUUCAGGCCCAGGAGGGAUGCAGCGGUAGCCGCUCGUUAUCGCAUUCAAGAUGCGAACAUUGAUGCUGAUUAGAGAUAUUUAGGAACACUGAACUGAUAUACUGGACUAACUUUCUGUUUCGUUCAUUGAAUUUCAAAUUUUAUCGAGCGCGCCAUUCUAGUGUUUUUCUCUGUUGAGAAAAACAGGGGAGUGUGUGAGAGAUUAUUCAGCGUUAAUUGAUUUCCGGUUGAUUUUUUGCGAUAAGUGACAGAUGAUUGAACAAUAGGAUCAUAUUAUAUAUUUAAAAUGAGAGAGACCAGAGCGAAGGACAGAGAACGGUGAGAGAGAGCGGGAGAUUAAGUUGAUUUUAUAAAAUAAAACGUGAAGUUUCGGAACAUAGCAGAUUCUUUAGUCUCAUUUCCGACAAGACUUUCCAUAAGAGAUUAAAUGUUUACAAAACGCUGCUCAAACAAACAAAACACAAGAAAAAGGGGUGAGUAUUUUAAACCCCUCUUACACGGUAUUCUGUCGUGGGCUGCCUUUGAGGGCUACGCGUUGAUGCAAGAUAAUUAUUUCUUAGCUGUGUGGCUGUCAUAUUUAUAUUUCUCUUAUAUCUUUUGAAGGUCCUGGACAAGGGAUUCUGCAGCCAUCAUUUUCUGCAGGAGAUUUCCGUUCCUAUAAAAUUACCCCCCACAAAUCGUCAGGGGAAGAAAAUGUGUCUGAAGAGACAGCUUCCAUAGAACGUGGUCAGGCAGCAGGGGUGUAUUCAUGUCCUCAAGACGGCUGCACUCGUGUUUUUCAAAGGCUUUCAGCCUUAGAAAAGCACUUGUCACUUGAAAAAUGUACCAGGGUACCAGAAAAAAAUUCUUUAAUGGACUUGGCAAAAAUUGGCUACAAAUCGUAUUUGGUGGAAGGUAUGGGAAAGCUGCCAUCGCUUCAAGCCCCUGUACGACAGGAAGAUUCUCGUGUUUCUCUGAAAGAAGGAUGGGCUCUUAGAGUAGUAAGGAAGGCUUACAGGUUCAGUGAAAAGCAAAAGUCGUACCUUUUAUCUAAAUUUCGAAUAGGGCAGACGACAGGCCACAAGCUUGACGCAGAGGUAGUUGCUCGAGAAAUGCGGCGUGCCCGGGGCACCGAUGGUGCACGACUAUUCCAGUCAUCGGAAUUCCUCACAACCACCCAGAUCACCUCCUUCUUCUCAAGACAGAGUGCCUUAGUACGCCAGAGAGAUCCUGAUGAGGCUGAUAUCCGAGCAGCUCAAGAGGAGAGUAAUUUUAGCGAAGCAAAGGAGACUGUCGCGUCAAUACAACUUGACCAUCCCCUGAUCUACGAUCAGUACGAUCUUUGUGAAAUGGCGCUAAAUGACUCUUUGAAGAUCUUGAAGCUACCCAUGCUGCAGCACAUGUGUGAAGACCUUGGCCUCGAUAUACCAUCAAAGCCCAUGCAUAAAAAGGCCCCGUACUUGGCUCUACUGAAAGAGAUUGUCAGCAAAUGUACUUGCCAAAAGUCAUCGUGA